AAUCAGCCAAUAAGGACUAUUUUUUCUGCCACGUCUGCUAUUUUAGCCCAAACUUCACAUCGAAAUCAACUUCUGUGAUUCAUCUUCCUCGAUUCCCAGCCGUUUUUUUCUUUCUUCAGUUUUCAUUCUUCAACGCCUCCUACCUAAUUAGGGUGUGGAAGAGCCGUCUCUUCUCUUCAUCUCUUCGUCUCUUUUUUUUUUUGCUCAAACAUUUCUCGGUCUCUAUCUCUUCCUCUCGGUCUCUCUCUCUAUGUCUCUCUCCCGAUGAUGAAUCCACAAGGCCAUCCCGAACCUGAUUCUGGACCUCCUCAGACGAUACCUUCGAGUCGGCGGGUGUUGAGAUGAGGAAUGGUGAAGAAACUAAAUGUGGUUUGGUGGGUUGAUUGAAAAGUUAAGGUCUUUUGAUCCUGUUUCGUGUUCUAAUUCUCUGUAGUUAAGGUUUUUUACUGAGAAAAUGUUUUGGGUGAUGCAGAUCUUUGAUAGUUUUCAGAGAAGUAUCAACUUUACCAGGUUGUGAGCUAAGAGGUGAUAAGCAAUACAAUCUCCAGAUGCUGAAAGAACGUUACCAGAUUGGUCAGACCAGAUUGAGGCGUUGUAUCAGUACGCCAAGUUUCAGUUUGAAUGUGGGAAUUAUUCAGGUGCUGCUGAUUAUCUUUCCAGUACAGGACUAUUUGCUCUAACCUUGAGAGAAGUAUGAGUGCCUUGUGGGGGAAGCUAGCAUCUGAGAUAUUGAUGCAGAACUGGGACAUUGCACUUGAAGAGCUCAACCGUCUCAAGGAUAUUAUUGACUCAAAGGCUCCAUCGGAGACACGGAAGCAUUUUUCGAAGACUAUAAGGGCGUUGUGUAACUCGGAUGUUAAAGAAGGCUUUGUCUUUGGAAAUGACACAUCUCUACCGGAGACAUACGUUAGAGAUCCCAAGAAACCACUAAGUAACAUCGGUGGCAAGUCUGCGUCCAAAAGGCCAACAGUAGCUUUCUUUGCUGGUCAACCCGAUCACGGGUACGUUAGGCCAAUACUACUCUCUUACUGGGGUAACAACAAAGAUCCUUACCUGAAAAUAUUCGGGAAGCUUCUGAGGUCUAAAGGAAACAAGAACUAUCUUCAGUUCAUGAAGACGAGCAAGUACUGCAUUUGCGCUUAAGGUGGGAGUCGUUUGCGGUUUUUGUGUUGGAGAAAGAUAUACCCAACUUGAAGAAGAUUUUGAUGUCUAUAUCGGAACGUAGGUACAAGCAAUUGCAGAUGAGAGUGAAGAGAAUGCAGAAGCUUUUUUUGUGGCAUGUGAAGCCUGAGAAGUAUGAUAUGUUUCACAUGAUUCUUCAUUCUGUUUGGUUUAACGGAGUUUUCCAAAUUUCGGUUUAGAAGUUCUUUAUCAAACAAACAAUUCAUUUAUACAUUUUUUUCACACGAUAAAUCCAAUAGGGGUUUUAAAUUAAAAAAAAUUCCAUUGACAUGUGAGUCCGGGUUAGACCGGCUGUGAUUGAGUAGA